ACGGUAAACAUGGAUGUUACCUGAUUAAAAACAACUAAUGAAUGCAGUAAAUACCACAUCUGCAAUCGACGGACUCUGAAAAUACCACAAGUUUCUUGGGUCACUUUGGAAACAGCCAACAUGCGCACCUGUUCUUUGGUUUCACCCUUGACUCACAGCGGAAAUGGAAACUACUUUGUGUUGCCUGACAUCACCUUCACAUCUACUGUCUGGAGCUGAACGCCUUUCUCUAUUCUUCCGUGUCCGGCCCCAAGGAUGUCAUCGGGAUACGGUUCAGAGUAAAUGGCAAGAAUUCACUAAUGGAGCAACAUCUUGUGCUUUGCUUCUUGCUUCUCACGUUUGGUAUCCAGACCGAGGAGACAUGUACUGAGCUGGAGGUACUGGGAAUGACUCCUAUCCAAAAGGAAAUAAAAGUGAAUGAAAAUUCAUUAUUCAAUUUAACAGUUCACUUACACAAGUCUGCCUGCCACGAACAGUGGAACUGGUCUCUAGUAAAGUUGACCAUCUACAAUAAUGGCAAACACUACGAUGUCUGCAAAAAUAUUGUAAGCAGCGGCACGUGUAAAGUGUCAGGCUCGUCACAGUGUGUUUGUUUACACGAGGGCUUUGUCCAGUUCACCAAGUGGGUCACACAACAAGACAAUCAGAUCUUCAUUUGGAAAUGGAGUGAUUUCCCCUCACUCUCCAACGAAAAAAUUAGAGAAAUAACUCUUUUUGUUGAGCUUUCAGCCUCCUCAGAACAAUCGGUGCUGAAAGAAGUCAUGAUCAGCUUCUUUGUUAUCGUCGCUGCCAUCACUGCUGUCAUACUGGUGGUCAGAUUGCGUCUGAGGUUCAAAACUAGAGAAGCUGGUGCAAGAGAAGUCGUUAGCUCAACGCCUCAGACUCAGUUGCCGAUGAUGUCAAACGACCAGCGCAACGACCGUGUCAGGGGUCUUGCACCAGAUGAAUUUUACAGCCACCUGAUGCGGUCAUGAUGUGUGUUACUUUGUUUACCAACUAAGAAGCGCCAGUUAGUCAACACAUGGCAGUAUACAUCCAUUUUGUAAACACUGGAAAAUGGCACAAGGCUAUGAACUCCAGAGCGCAAUAUUUAUUUCACUGAUGUUACUAUUUUAUAAAAGUGACAUAUUAAAAGUGUCCACCUUAAAAAUAUUCUUUGUCAUGCUGAUUAAAAGGAUUUUAAA